AUGGCACCAAAAAAGAAACAUCAAGAAGAUCCUGUAUCAGAUGAUUUAGAUAAACUGAUGCAGCGAAAAGCCAAAGUAGUUGAAAAUAUUGAAAGAAUAAAGAAAUCAAUUUUGGAAAAAACUAUUUCUUUCAAUCCCUUUGAGAUCGAAUGUCGAUUGGAAAUUUUAAAAGAUCAUAUCGAUCAAGCUAUGGAAUUUCAGUCUCAACUGGAUAUUUUAGAUCCAACAAAUGACGACAGAUCCGAGCUUGAAAAUUUAUGUGUAACCACGAAGUCUUUAUUAUUGAGUCUUCAGGCCAAGAAUAGAAGACUAAGUUUUCAGGAAACUUCGUUUAUGCAACCGCAUAAUUCUAGGCUUCCAAAUAUGAGACUUCCUAAAUUCAGCGGAAAAUAUUCCGACUAUAAGAAUUUCAUGAGCUUAUUUGAGAAUUUGGUACAUAAUGACCCAACCUUAACAGAUAUAGAGAAAUUCAAUCACCUGAUAUCUGAUGAAGCUUUAGGGACAGUUAAGGCUUUUCAAGUAACUGAAGAUAAUUACCCCAAGGCAUUAGCGAGUUUGAAGAAAGUUUACGACAAUGACUGUCUAAUCUUUCUGAAAAAUAUUUCAAAAUUAUUUGAUCUUCCUGAGGUUAGUAAACCUUCAGCUCCAGCUUUGAGAAGCAUGAUAGACACAGUUUCCGCUAUUUAUGAUUCAUUGUUGUCAAUUGGUGAUGAUAAAAAGAUAUCUAAUGCAAUAUUGAUUCAUUUAGUGAUGUCGAAAGUUGAUCCAGUCACUAAAUCCAAAUGGGAAGAACAGCUUGAUUUCGAAAGGCUCCCAUUGUGGUCUGACUGCGAGGCUAUGCUAAAUAAAAGGUACCAGCAUAUUUCUGCUGAUGAAUCUUCGGGUGCAAAGCCCAAAAUAUACAAAAAUAAAAAUGAAUUUCUGCCUAAGAAAACUUCAAAGACAUCAUUAGCUGUUACAAAACCUAAGCAAUCUGUAGAAAAAUGCCUAUUUUGCAAAUCUGCUGACCUCAAUAUAUACAAUUGCUCCUAUUUCGUAACGAUUCCAGUUGUUCAAAGAUUUGACUUUGUAAAAGCUAUACCUGCCUGCAUAAAUUGCCUUAAAAAAGGUCAUACAGUAGCAAGGUGUAAUGCUCAGAAAUGCAGAGUUUGUGGUGGAGCACAUAAUAAACUAUUGCAUCGUUAUAGUUCUGAAUCGCAAAGUGCUAAUACCGUUUCUCAUGUAGAUUCUGUGCCAAAUGCACCAACUACUUUAAACAAUGCAGUUAAUCACUCAUCAUCCGAUGAUAAUGUAAUUCUUGCCACAGCAGUGGUAAAGGUGAAGUGCAGUUCUGGCGAUUAUGUACUGGCAAGAGCACUAUUAGAUUCCGGUUCUCAAACAAAUCUGAUUACCGAGGAACUUGCUCAAAAGCUAAGGAUGAAACGAAAAAUAGGCAGAUUGAAUUUAACAGGCAUAGGUGAAGUAAAUUCUAUAGCUAAAUCGAAUGUAGAGAUCUCCGUUAUGUCGAGGGUUAAUUCUACCCAAUUCUUUUCAAAGUUUUGGGUACUAAGUUCAAUUACGAACAUCCAACCUGAUCGCAGGAUUUGCACAACAAACUCGAAUAUUCCAAAAAAUAUUUCCUUAGCAGAUCCUGAAUUUUAUAAACCACAAAAAGUUGAUUUGUUAAUCAGUGGUGAAAUGUUCUUUGAACUUUUAUGUGUUGGACAAAUUAAGUCUAAUCCGAGUCUUCCAGUACUACAGAAAACAUCUCUUGGUUGGAUUGUGGCUGAAAGAUAUAAUCAGCCAAAGGGCUCAUGUUCAAAGGUAUGUAAUAUUAGCAACAUAAUAGAAAAUGAGGAAGCUAUUGAUUCAAUUGUUAAAAAGUUUUGGGAACUUGAAGAAGUUUCCCACGAAAAACAACUAGUGUACAAUGAGGAACAACAGAAAUGUGAGGAAAAUUUUAAGAAUUCAGUUCGACGUUUACCGUCAGAGCGAUUUCAAGUCUCACUUCCUUUCAAAUCGGAUACAAAUCUCUUAGGUUCUUCUUACGAUACGGCUAAACGUCGAUUUUUAGCGCUAGAGCGCAAACUAUCAAAUUAUCAAAACAUGAGAGAAAUGUAUCACGAUUUUAUGAAAGAGUAUGUUGAUUUAGGACAUAUGUCUAUUGCAAGCAAUCAAAUACCAAUUUUCCCUCUUUAUUUUAUACCGCACCAAUGUGUUUUAAGACCUCAAAGUACAUCUACUAAACUUAGAGUAGUUUUCGAUGCUUCGAGUCGUACUUCUUCACGAACUUCGCUCAAUGAUUUGUUGAUGGUUGGGCCAACUGUGCAAGAAGAAUUAUAUGCGAUUCUAAUUCGUUUUCGAUUUCAUAAAUUUGUAAUCACUGCAGAUAUAGAGAAAAUGUAUCGUCAAGUUUUGGUUGACGAAAAUGACAGAAAUUUUCAAAUGAUCCUUUGGAGACAAAGUGCUUCUGAUCCACUACAAGCCUUUCGGUUGAACACCAUAACAUAUGGAACGUCUAGCGCUCCAUUUUUAGCGAUCAGAUGUCUCAUUUAUCUAAGCGAUCUUUACAAAGAGACUUUGCCUAUCGGGGCAAAUGUUAUUCGCAGUGAUUUUUAUGUUGAUGACUUGCUAACCGGUGCCGAUAGUUUUGAUAAACUUAUAACUAUUCGAGAUCAAGUGACUCAAAUAUUGAGUUCAGCUGGAUUUAAUUUAACAAAAUGGUUUUCUAAUCACCCCGAUUUUAAUAUUUCUGAUAGAACAGAAAAAUUGUUACAAAAUGAUUCCGAUUCAGCUAAAGCUUUAGGCAUACAUUGGGUUCCGAAGAAUGAUGCAUUUAAGUUUAAUUUGGAGAAUGAUUUUAAGAAUCUUAAGGCGACAAAAAGAAACAUUUUGUCGGUUUCUUCAAGAUUGUUUGAUCCUCUCGGACUUUUAUGCCCCUUAAUAACUAAAUCCAAAAUGUUACUUCAGGAACUUUGGAUUCAAAAAUUAGACUGGGAUGAAUCAAUACCCUUGCGUCUCAAUACUACGUGGGACAAUUUUAAGGAAAAUUUGUUGAAAAUUGAUUCAAUCGAAAUCCCAAGAUUCGUCCACACCACUUCUUCAGCAUCAGUUCAAAUUCAUGGCUUUUCAGAUGCUUCAAUUCGAGCUUAUGGAUGCUGUAUUUACAUAAGAAGUUCUAUUUCAGAUAAUGUUUCUUGUCGAUUACUAACAGCAAAAUCGAAAAUCGCACCACUCAAGACAAAAUCUCUUCCGAGACUUGAGUUGUGUGCAGCACACUUAUUAGCAAAAUUGUGGAUUCGAGUUAAAAGAAUGAUCAGCUUUGAAAUCGAGAGUGUAUAUUUCUGGAAAGAUUCAGAAAUCACUUUACAUUGGAUAAAAACUCAUCCAUCUACUCUCGCAACAUUUGUUUCGAAUAGAGUUGCCGAGAUACAAGAAUGGUCAGAAAAUGUUUCAUGGCGCCAUGUGCCUACACGGCACAACCCAGCUGACCUUGUAUCAAGAGGAUGUGAUGUAGACGAUUUGAAACAAUCGAUUUGGUUUGAUGGUCCUUCAUUCCUUUUAAAUGAUAACUCAAUGUGGCCUGUUAAUAAUCACUUUGAGUUAACAGAGGAUCAAGUGUCUUUAGAAAAGAGAAAGACUAAUGUUCUUGCAGCAGUAGAGAAAUCUAUGAAUUUGGAGAAUGUUUUCUUGAAGUUGAUCGAAGAUCAUUCAUUAUAUAAAAAAAUUUUAAGAAUCACAUGCUAUGUGCUAAGAUUCAUUGAUUGUUGCAGGAAAUUUCCAAAUCAAAACACCCUACUGCUAAGGAAAUGA